GGUGCGGAUCACCGCCGGCAGCGCGGAGUCACCACCGGGGGUGCGGAGUCACCGCCCGCUGGCUUGGGAGCAACCCGGAGGAAAAGUUGGUGGUGCCCUUUGUAGGACAAGCGCGGAGUGACUUUAGUGACUGGAAUGUUUUUGCGAGCCGGCUGACAGCGGGCUAAAAUGAAUUCAGAUCCUGAUCCCGCCUCGAGUCCCUCUCACCCCCAGCAGCAUCUUGGAAGGUCCCAGCUAAAUGCUGCUCCUGGGGACCAUGGUGAGAACAGUCAGAGACCUGGAACAUCUUCAGCAGACUCUGCAACUUCUUCAGUUCCUGGCUACUCCCGUAGCAGGGAGAAAACAGAAAAAAAGGAGGGCAUGAAGGAGGAACCUGAAGUGCUCUUUGAAGAACUGCUUGAAAGGGCCAAAGCUGGAGAACCAAAAGCACAAACAGAGGUGGGGAAGCACUACUUGAGAUUAGCAGAAGAGGAGGAUGAAGAACUUAACAAUUGUAGUGCAGUUGACUGGUUCAUCCUUGCUGCUAAGCAAGGUCGAAGAGAAGCUGUCAAACUCCUGCGUAGAUGCCUGGCUGACAGAAGAGGCAUAACUUUUGAGAAUGAAGAAGAGGUGAAAAAGUUAACAUCUGAGACCGACUUGGAGAGAGCGGUGCGAAAAGCUGCCUUGGUCAUGUAUUGGAAAUUAAACCCAAAAAAGAAGAAGCAAUUAGCAGUUUCUGAACUGUUGGAAAAUGUUGGGCAAGUUGACAAUGAAGAUGGUGAGAAGCAGCCUGGCCCCGUCCCAAAGUCCGUGCAGAGGCAGAGAAGGAUGCUGGAGCGAUUAGUGAACAGUGAAUCUAAAAAAUUUAUUGCUUUGGAUGACUUUGUUGAAAUUACCAAGAAGUAUGCAAAGGGAAUCAUCCCAUCUAACCUGAUUAUGCAAGAAGAUGAUGAUGAGUUUGCAGGGAAGAGUCCUGAAGAAUUACCCCUACGACUGAAGGUUGUAAAAUAUCCACUUCAUGCCAUUAUGGAAAUAAAAGAAUACCUUAUAGAUAUUGCAUCAAAGGCAGGAAUGCAUUGGCUGUCUACCAUUGUUCCAACACACCAUAUCAAUGCUCUCAUCUUUUUCUUCAUCAUCAGUAAUCUGACAAUUGAUUUUUUUGCCUUCAUUAUUCCAUUAGUCAUAUUCUAUUUGUCCUUUAUUUCUAUGGUGAUUUGCACACUGAAAGUUUUUCAGGACAGUAAGGCUUGGGAAAACUUCCGUGCUUUGACUGACUUACUGCUUCGUUUUGAACCAAACCUAGAUGUUGAGCAAGCUGAGGUGAACUUUGGAUGGAAUCACUUAGAGCCGUACAUUUACUUUUUACUCUCAGUAUUCUUUGUAAUUUUUUCCUUCCCUAUAGCAAGCAAAGACUGGAUACCAUGCUCAGAAUUAGCUACUGUCUCAGUUUUCUUCACAGUGACAAGUUACAUGAGUUUAAGCACGUGUGCAGAACCUUACACACAAAGGGCAUUAAUGACUGAGAUAGCUGCAGGUUGCUUAUCCCUAUUGCAGAUAUUACCUGGCAAUUUUGGCUACUUGAAAUUCUUAGGUAAAACCUUCUAUACAGUUCCUGUAGGCCAUUUCUUUGUGAUCAAUGUAAGCAUCCCAUGCCUGCUGUUUUUGUACUUGUUCUAUCUUUUCUUUAGAAUGGCCCAACUACGGAAUUUUAAAGGCACCUACUGCUACCUGGUCCCAUACCUGGUGUGCUUUAUGUGGUGUGAGCUCUCUGUGGUCAUUCUGCGGGAGUCCUCUGGCAUUGGGCUCGUUCGUGCAUCCAUCGGUUACUUCCUCUUCCUCUUUGCACUCCCAGUGCUGGGUAUAGGCAUUACACUGAUGUGUCUUGUCCACUUCAUUAAGUGGUUUUUGUCUUUGGAGCUCAUGAAAAUUGUAGUGACCCUGGUUUUGUGUGGUGUUCCUUUGCUCUUUCGAUGGUGGACAAAAGUUAACUUCUCUGUGGUUGAAGUGGUUAAAUCGCUCACUCAAAGCUCGAUUGUGAAGCUCAUUCUGGUGUGGAUUACAGCUGUAGUGCUGUUCUGUUGGUUCUAUGUGUAUCGAUCUGAAGGAAUGAAAGUUUACAACUCCACCCUGACGUGGAAUCAGUAUGGUUUCCUCUGUGGACCCCGGGCCUGGAAGGAGACUAACAUGGCACGGACUCAGAUUUUGUGCAGUCACCUGGAAGGGCACCGAGUGACGUGGACUGGGCGGUUCAAAUACGUGCGUGUGACAGAAAUCGACAAUAGUGCGGAAUCUGCAAUAAAUAUGCUUCCAUUUUUUAUUGGUGAUUGGAUGAGGUGCUUGUAUGGUGAAACCUACCCUCUUUGUGAUCCCAAAAAUGUUACACUGGAGGAGGAAGAAUUGUGCCGUCUGAAGUUUUUGACAAAGCAUAAAUGCCACAUGAAAAUGUUUGAUCGGUACAAAUUUGAAAUAACUGUGGGCAUGCCUUUCAGUAGCAAAAAUGGAAGCAAGCCUAUUGAGGAGGAUGAUAUAACCAAAGAUAUUGUGCUGAAGGCAAGCAAUGAGUUUAAAAAAGUGUUGCUGAACUUGAGGCAAGGGAGUAUAAUUGAAUUCAGCACAAUUCUGGAGGGUCGUCUUGGCAGUAAAUGGCCUGUCUUUGAACUGAAAGCAAUAACUUGCUUGAAUUGCAUGUCUAAACUCUUACCUGCAGGGAGGCAUGUGAAAAUAGAGGAGGACUGGAGGAGCACAGUGCAUAAAGCUAUGAAAUUUGCUUUUGAUUUUUUCUUCUUCCCAUUCCUGUCAGCUGCAUAAUGUGCUCACAUAUUAGUUCAGUGGUAUUUUCAGUGUCCGCUGCAUUUACACUACCAAAGGUUUGGCUUCUUAAGAGGAAUAAAAACCCAACAAAAAUCUACCUUGCUGUAGCAAUGCUCAAAAAGUGUGCCAGAAUAGAGCAUUGGUUGAGUUUUGCAAGCGUACACACCGUAUCCUGACCUUAAGCCCUGUAUGACUGAUGUCAUAUAUAGUGCUUCAGUAUUAUAAAUGAAUGCAGGGGAUCGCUGCUGACUAAUUGCAUGGAAACUGUUUUGUCCAAAAUGGAUAUAUUGCCUGUGGUACAACACUAGAUGCAUUCACUUGAUCAAUGUAAAAAGCACUUUACUCUUUUAAGUAUUCACAAUGUGCCCAUUUGUAUUUUCACAGGUAUAGUUUAGAAUAGAGGACUGACAACAGCUUUUGUUGCAUUUAUUGCUUGUAUUUAUUUGGUGUUUUCUAGAAAAAAGUGAUCUUAGAGUAAGUACCUGGUGGUGAUAUUUGCGUACAGCAAUCACUGUUUCACUAUUUGUCCAGAAGAUAGUGACCACUGUUUUUUGAAAGGGCACAACAUUUUGCACCCCAUCAAGGUUUUACAAAUUUCCCAGGCUUCUACUUUGCAUUAAAUAUUGUAUAUGAAAUUUGCUAUUUGUUCUGACUGGUUACACUAAAGUAUAGCCCAUGCUGAUGUGUGAAAGGCAAAUACUAAUGCUGGUAUUGAGAUGGUACCAGUAAUGGACAAACCACAGCAACUGAAAUUAUACCUGAAAGUCUAUAGUGGAAAUGGAAAUAGAAUGUUUAAUUACUUGUAUUUUGCAAAUAAACAUGAAGUACAAACUUGAAUUAAAUGGGUACAAG